GGAGGAGGAGGAGGAGGAGGAGGGACGCCGCCGCCGCGGGGCCGCAGGGACGGAGACGCGCCAGGCCGGGCCGGGCACUCGCCGAGGACGCCGCAGCCGCUAGGGGCCCGCCGCGGACCCCGCUCCGGGAGUAUAGAAUGAGUCAAGGAGACUCAAACCCAGCAGCCAUUCCACAUGCAGCCGAAGAUAUUCAAGGAGAUGACCGGUGGAUGUCUCAGCACAACAGAUUUGUCCUGGACUGUAAAGACAAAGAGCCUGAUGUGUUAUUUGUCGGAGACUCAAUGGUGCAGUUAAUGCAGCAGUAUGAGAUAUGGCGAGAGCUUUUUUCCCCGCUUCAUGCACUGAAUUUUGGAAUUGGGGGAGAUACAACAAGACAUGUUCUGUGGAGACUAAAGAAUGGUGAACUGGAGAAUAUUAAACCUAAGGUCAUCGUUGUCUGGGUAGGCACAAACAACCAUGAUAACACUGCAGAAGAGGUAGCAGGUGGGAUUGAGGCCAUUGUACGACUCAUCAACACGAGGCAGCCACAGGCCAAAGUCAUCGUUUUGGGUUUGUUACCUAGAGGAGAGAAGCCCAACCCUUUGAGGCAGAAGAAUGCUAAAGUGAACCAACUCCUCAAGGUCUCCCUCCCAAAACUCACCAACGUCCAGCUCCUGGAUACGGACGGCGGCUUCGUGCACUCCGACGGCGCCAUCUCCUGCCAUGACAUGUUCGACUUCCUGCACCUCACAGGAGGGGGCUAUGCCAAGAUCUGCAAGCCGCUCCAUGAACUGAUCAUGCAGUUGUUGGAGGAGACUCCCGAGGAGAAACAAACCCUCAUCGCCUGACAGGCCCCCUUCAGUGUUCUCCACUCCCUCUGAUCAGUUAUCUCACUGACACUACCAAAUCCUUCUCUUUCCUAAGGCACUUUGCAUUGUAGAAUGUUCCCGGAUGUUCCCUUAUCUAGUGUUUGAAGGGGAGGAGGGAUUUAAGCUGGUCCUGUACCUAGAAAGUUGGUUUGACACAGGAAGGAAAGUAGCCAAGGGUGAGUGUUUGACUUAAUUCAUUUGAGACCAGAAGGGGAUUCUUCUUGAGUAGACACGUUCAGUUAUCCACUGUU